CUUGUGCAGGUGUAAUGGGGGUAUGGAGGGGCCCUUAGUUUAUAAGCGUAGGACAUUCAUUGCUCUGUCAAGCAGGACGAAAUAUCGUGUGUAGUGUUUGUUGUCGUAGAAGUAACAAUAUGUGGAUAUUAGCGCUGUUAUCCUGUGUGAGCGUCGCGUUGGCGGUGCCUAUUGAGUACGGUGGCGUGUAUGCGCAUGCGCCUGUCUUUCAUGCCCCAAUCGUUCAUGCACCGGUCGCUAUCGCCGAGCCUGUGGCCUACCCAAAGUACGCUUUUAACUAUGGGGUCAAGGAUCCCCACACUGGUGACAUCAAAUCGCAGCAGGAAGAAAGAGAUGGCGAUGUUGUCAAAGGCAGCUACUCCUUGGUAGAACCCGACGGUACAACACGGACAGUGAACUAUUCCGCGGACGACCACACUGGCUUCAAUGCAGUCGUUCACAAGUCGGGUCAUGCGGUUCACCCGGUAGCGGUAGCUCCAGUCGCUCAUUAUGCACCAGCACCGACACUUGUCUUGUCGUCUUAUGGCCAUCACUGAUAAUUAAACACGACGGUACUCCUUAGUCUUCCAACCCUCGCAAAGUUGUAGUUUAAAUAGUUAUGUAUACUUAGACAUAAAAUGGAAUGUAUUGUAUGUGGUGGCAUCAGUAUGGGUAACAUAUAAAAUGUUGAAAGAUUUUUAUUCAUCAAUUAGAAAAAGUUGUCGAAUAGAAAUAUAUAUAUCUAGGCUGUAUGGUGCAGGCCCUUGUCACACCCAAAUGAGGGAGAAUGAAACCAUAUAAAAAAAUAAUACCUACAGCUUUUGUUUUAAAAUCGUCGCAAUAGUAAUGCGUAAUGGCAAGUCUGAUGGAUUCAUUGUCUUCAACUUUUGAAUGUUAUUCACAAUACAAGAGAAUGUAUUUUUAACAAUUUCAAGCGAC